GCUUUCAGCCUCUACUUCCUCUCCUCUAGUCAGCGCGGAAUUUCGCGGAUUUUAUGCUUUCAAGUGUGGUUAAAUACCUGCGUGGUCUAUUGUGUUUUGUUCAAUGGUUUCGAAAGCAAAUUCCGUGAUCCAGGAAAGUCGCGUUCUACACACCGUCAUUCCGCUGAGGCGGAAAAUCGGACUUACAUCGAAUGUCUAAAAUUUGCUUCUCUCCCAAGAUGGUUUUGUGAAGUUCUAGUAGUGAGGCUGUCAGGGGCUUAGAGCUACCCAACGCCCUAUUUACCAUUCUCUGGUUAUGCUUCCAUAAGAUACAAUGAGUUCUGUAACUCAGGAGACUGCUAGUCUCUCACGGGGUUGCCUCUACAGGCCUCAAUCUGAGAGGCGUAACACCUUGAGUAAGCAGGUGUCAUUCCCAGAAGAUGAGGGCAGAUUGGUCACAGGCUACAUGGAAGCUCCUAACCCAUGGGAGUAUGCUGACAAUGUGGAUAGAGGGAAAAUAAUAUCAUCCUACUCUGAGUCCUGUGUGAAGCAUGGACAUCGCCCAUCUGGAGCAGUUCUUAAACAGCUUGAGGCUUUGGAAUUCAAUGGUGAAAGAUGUAGCUUACUUGAUCUUAAGGGUGAACUUUUAGAUUCAAUUCGUGGUGAAAGUCUUGAAGAAAUUUUGAAAAGAAUUCAAUUUGUUACCCUUAGCCUUGAAGACACGUCGUUGGAUGAUGAGGGUGCUGUUGCUAUCUUUGACAUGAUUGAAUAUUAUGAGUCAGCAAGCCAUCUGAAUAUAUCAGGGAACCAAAAUAUAUCUAUUCGUGGCUGGCAAGCCUGCUCACGUAUGAUCAAAAAGACACAGUGUCUUGAACAACUUGAAGCAUCUAAUGUAAACUUGAAUGAGCAAAUCAUGCCCAUUUUGAGCCGCUCCCUUAGAAUAACUACACAUCUUCAAGUGCUCAAAUUAGAGAAUUGUAAAUUAAGUGGGCGCCCUAUCACUAUACUAGUUGGUUCCUUGAAACUGAACACUGGACUUCGAGAAUUGUAUAUUGCGGAUAAUGAUUUGGGAGUAACUGAUGCACUGCAGUUGGCAGCUCUUUUACGUUCCAAUACAUGUCUCCAGCUGUUAGAUGUCAGCAAUAAUAGUAUUCAAGAUGAUGGUGCUGGUCACAUUGUUGAUGGGUUGAUUGAACAACCGAUGUCUGGUUGUGGAUUAAGCAUUCUAGUUCUGUGGAACAACCGACUUACUCGUAACUCAUCAUCACACUUUGCUAGAGCUCUUUCCAAAAGCCGCUCUCUAGAAAUGUUGAACAUAGGCCAUAAUGUUUUAAGUAGUGAUGUCUUACAUUCAAUGAAAGACUCUUUGCAACAAAAUCGUACACUCCUACGACUGGGUAUGCAAUCUACACAUUUGGCAUGUGAGGGAGCGAUUGUUUUGGCUGAGGUCAUCGAAGAUAAUCCAGUCAUUCAGAGGAUAGACUUGAGAGACAACUCAAUUUUGAUGGCAGGGCUUAUGGCUCUUGCAUUGUCAAUGAAAUCAAACAAAAAUGUUACACAGCUUGAUCUUGAUGAUGUUCCAAAGAGAAGGCCCCCAGACUUAUCAGUGAGUGAAUAUCGCAAAUGGGUCAGUGAAAUUCGCUCCUACUGCUCUCGAAAUGAGCAAAUACCAAGACCUGAUGUUGAAGUGGAAGAGGAGGAAGACGUUAGUGAAGUUUCUGACUCAGAGCGGCCUGACAGGCGAAUUAGACUGUCGUCCAUCAACAGCCGCAAAAUUUCCCUCACGUGCCAGACAUUGCUGCGAUCUGUUGCUCAGGAUAAUUGCAGCAUUAGCAGCGGCCUGCUUGCUGAGCCCCGACGUCAAGGUCGCCUGCGCUCUCCUGCCCCUUCACCAGUACCGUCACCAGUAUCUAGCCCUAUGCCUUCUCCCGCCCCCAGUCCUGGACCUGCCAGAAAUCGCUUCAGGGUUUCUCAGGUUUCUGAGUCAGAUUCCAUGUCUCCUUCCCCUAGUGCCUCCCCGUCCACAUCCCCUACUUGCUUCUUUCCGUCAGGCUCUUCCCGGUUCAAAGUCACUGUUGUGGAACCUACAUCUCCUGUAGUAGCAGCAAACUCAGUGACAUUAGGGUUUUCCUGCAAUCAAGGUCACAGCUCUUCCAAUGACAAUGGAACUGUUACUCCUGAUACUGACAGUGAAGUUAGAAACAUCUUAUCUAGUGCAAGCUCCACUGGCUCAGAAGGAAUUCAGGUACCAUGUAAUGAAAUUUCUAUAUCAAGUCAAGUGAAUCGCCCUUUGCAAGUGCCUGUAAAAACUCAGCAGCAGCAACCCCAAGCACAGCAACAGUCUCAGCAACACCCUCCAACCCAGGCUCAGUCGCAGCCUCAGGCCCAAACUAGAUCAAGGAAAAUAUCUUGGGUGCAAAUGGGUAUAUCUUCUGUUACAUCAAACUUAACAGAUGAAAAUAAGGUCCCAUCCAGUUUGGAAAGACUUUUAGGACUUUUCCAAAAUCCAGUAAGUUUGUUCAAUAAAUCUCCGUCACCUCAACCUCCACCUUCUGCAUCUCAAGGGUCGCCCAGAAGAUCACCCCAAAGAUCACCCCAAGCAUCACCACAACAGCAACGUGCAGCUCAUGUUCAAGCAGGAGAAAAUGGGCUCAUUCCUGUCCAGAAAAGCUCCAGUAGUACGUCAGCAAUCCCAUCGGAAGUCGCACCUAAUGAAAGGAGAUCAACAGGGAAUAAGGGCAGCAGCUCAUGUAGCUCAAGGCCUUUGGCUGUUGUAGGUAACAGUGGUGAUGCUGAAGCAGUCAGGGGGGGUAGAGAUCUGUUAAAUAACAAUGAGCAAUGCAAUAUUGCUACCGACAAACAUGUGCCUCUGAAUGAUGAUGAUGUUGUGGCUCGAAAAGAUGAAAAUCUCAAUAUAAAUAUCACAGAGGCAGGUGGAGGCAGUGGUGACGAUACAGCUAUCUCAGAACCAGUACCUUCUGCAUGUGGAGGUGGAAGCUCUGCUCAUUACCUUCCUCCAACUCAGAUAUCCAGCUCUAAUGUGGAUAGUCCACUAUAUUCUGCUGAUGGAGAAUCUGGUGUGAAAUCAUCUACUGCUGCUUAUCCUGCCAAGAUGGAUGGUUCAACCUAGUAAACUAAUAGUUUUCUCAAAUGCCAAGGACACUUCAUUACGAUUCUUUAAGUAGGAAGUACAUUAUAUUUUAAAGAGUUUGGUUAUCAAUCAAGCAACGUGAUGCUUUGAUUACGAACAAAGAGCGGAUUACAACUAUGACAAUGCUCAUCUGUUAUCUUUCCAAAUAAAUUCCUUGACAAUUUAACUGUAAUUUUAGUACAUACAGAAUUUAUAUGCUAACUAUGGUAGGCACUUCCCAACUUUGUAGAAUGUUUGAGCAUUUUGAUGAAAACUAACUUGUUACUGAUAACCUGAGUCUUAGGCACAAAAUAAUAUUUGAGAAUUUGGAGGGGGGAGGGAGGGAGGGACACAACCAGUCCCCAGUUAUGUUUGGGUGAAUUUCCUUGCAAAUUAUUUUGCAUGUGGAGAACAUUUUAUUGCUUGGGACAAACUUAUUUUUCAACUAUUUUCCAUGUAACAUAUGUCUGUGGGAACUAUGGUUUUAGAUUAGAACAAUAAGUGGUAACAUACUGAUGGUACAAAUACACUAAGAUGAAAUUCAUGUUAGAAUAAGAAAGAAAUACAUUGCUGCUGAAAGUUGCAAUGAAUACCUGUUUUAUGUGAAAGUUACCUCUAUUUUAUGAUUUAAGUGGGUUUCUGUUUCCAUUAAUGUAUUGCUUUGUCAAAUGAAGAUGUAUAUUUUAAUGUUGAUGAAACAACAAAUUGUAAAAAUUUUAUGGUCUGUUUUGUGAAGUUGUGUGUUGAUCAUGCAGUCAAAUUUAUUUUCGUAGUGAGUAUUAUGUUUAAUUGGAAAACUGUGAAUCUUAUGACCCUGUAAUGGUGUGCUGUGGUAAAGCACUUAUACAUACUGUACACUGAUGGAGAUACUAAUCAGUGAUAUUCUUUAAAAUUGCGAUAUAUUUUUCAUAUAUGAAUGAAUGAUCAAAUUAUAUCUCUUUUUAAAGCUAAGUCUGAAUGUCAGCAAAUUGAAGAGAGUUUAGCUUACUGGUGGAGUUAUUACAAUUGUAUUUGUCCCUUGGAGUUAUAUCUGUAGGUAUACUAUAAUUAUGAUGUCAAUCGCACACAGUGAAUGGGCUUUACAAUACUCUUAAUAUUUUGUUUAAAUUCUAACCGUUAAAAACUUGUUAUUUUGAACCCUCAGCAUUAUCAGUGUUGUAAUGCUACCUCUGAUAAAAGAAUGAGACGGGUAUCUAGUAUUAUUUCAGGGAUUGAGUGGGUAUGGGUCCCUGGUUGUUAUAGUCUCUAACUGAUUGCUCUCCCAAGUUUGUGCAUACCUCAUAAUUUAUCUAAGUAUAGAUUGUAUCCUAGUUAUAAACUUGAUUGUUACAAGAUGUGAUCUUAUGCUCCUGAUUAUCAAAGCUUGUAAUUAUGUACUUUGAUUCUAUCUAUUCCUUUUAGAAAAGAAAGCAAGAUGAUUAACCAGACUCCUAUUGGUUUAAUGGUGAAUGAGUACAUGCUUCUUUCCCUAUUGUUGUUGUUGUUGAUUAUCAGUUAAUUUAGUUUCUAGUCCAAGGCCAGCAUGCCCUGGUACUUAUUAAUGGGAAUUCUGCAUAAUGAAAGCGCUGCCUGUGAUGUACUAAGCACAUUAUCUUGUGCCUACAGCCAUUUAAACAGCUACUCAAACCAGUGGGAAGAAAUUUUCUGUAAACAUAAUUUUUCGUUUGUGUUGCAUGGGAUUAAAUAUAGGGAGGAUAACUAAAGUGUUGUUUUCUUCUUCUUCUUCUUAAAACUUUUGGUUAUAUUUUUGUGUGAAGCAUAUCAUCAGUGCCUGCUUUUAAGAGAAAUGAAGCAAUUUUCAAAGAAAGACAGUUUCAGGUCUCUAUUAUUUGAAAAUGCUGAAUAUACAUUUUCUUUUCAACUUUUUUUUUUCUUUUUCUGGCUUGUCUGUAGAUAUUUUGUUUGGGGGAGUUUCUUUUUAGAAGUGAAGCAGAAGUUCAAAGGAAUGUUACACUAGUGCCUGCUUCUUAAACAUUGAAAUUUUCUUCAAAAAAUUAUGUUAUUUCUCUUUUUUACAUUUGACAGUCCACCAUGCUAACAAAUUGUAAUGGGUUAAAUGGAAUUGUAUAGUUGCAUUUUAGCCUCAAGCUACUCAUAAUUUCUCAUAUGUAGCAGAUGCAGCUUUGAUUUUCUACGCCACGUACUGCCUAUCAUCAUUGUUCAACCCUGUUUAAUCACAUUUGUUGUUGAAUUUGUCAUUUUUUGUCUCUGUUUUUUAUUUCUUCUUUUGCUUGAUUGUGUGCUGUAUGUAAUGCAGAGAUUUGUGAUAGUCCUUUCCUCUUUCUUCAUCUAGCUAGGCGUUAUAUACAGUAAAACUUAAAAUUAAGACCUUAUUAAAUCUUUUGCUGUACAGCAGUCAUGGUGAUUUAAAAUUCUAAUAGUUUGGUGGUCAUGAUGACAAAAAUCAACUUUUCUAAAAGAUAAAAAGCAUACAAGGAUACAAUUGUAAUGUGUUGUUAACAGAGCAUGCACAAUUUAAAUUUAUGUUGUGAACAAUCUAGAAAUCAUGAAGAACCAUUUUUAAUUUAAAGUACUGUAGGAGCUUAAAUCUAAGUUAGAAAGAUGAAUAUGUCCAUAUAUCACACUGCUCAGGAAUUUAUACUGCAGUGGUGCCUUUGCCGAUGUCUACGGAACAGCCCUUCCAGUGUUAUUUUACAAAAUGUACCAUGUAUGUAUUGUGUGUGUGAAAAGUAUAUUGAGUAUCAUUGGUUUGUGUUGAGCACAAAUGGAUCGUCAAAAUACCCCUUUAUCAUGUUAAGGUAGAGUUUUGUUUUUUCUUGUGAGUGAUGUCAUUAAUGUAUAUUAAUUCCUAUUUUCCUAUUACAAUUUUACUUGACUGUUUCUAUUUCUUAAGUGGUCAUUUCCACUCUAACUAAGUACCUAAAAAUCGAUUUUGCAUUACCGUAAUAAUGUUGAUUUGUGAUUAUACAUCUUACUCUGUGACUUCCUCCUCCGAUUUCUUCUCUCGAACACCCUCUAGGUUCCAUAAUGCCGGAGGAGGGGCAGUGUGUCGUUUUCUUUACAGCUUCUGGAUUGUGAGAUUGUACUGACAGAUCAAGAAUGCUUGUAUAAAAUAUGAUAACUUGUCUGCUAACCUUUAGUUACCUUCUAAACCAUACCUAAUGUGUGAACUUAUUUUAAGUAUGCAGCUGGUUAAACUUAAGAUAUGCUAAGAUUGCCUUUUGAGCAAAAUGAUUUUGUUCAGAAGUUUAGGUUCUUGACAAGUUCAGUUACUAUUUGCUGUCAUUUUAAAGAAAAUUUGGUUCAACUGAUGAAUUUUCUUCUUUUGUUCUUGUGGAUUACUGUCGUCAGCAAACAUAGUUUAAAAGACUAGUUUUUGUUUCUCUUUGUGCUUUGUUUGAAUAUUAAGAGAUUUCAAAUCAAAUUCUGACUUGUUGGAGAUAUAUUGACAUAAAUCUAUGUCUAGCUAUACCAUUGACAUCUAAGUAGUAUGCAUUUUUAUUUAUAUUUCAAUGCAUUCUUAUAAUUUCUUCUUCUCCAGAAGCAUUUUAAAUCUGUUGUUUUCUCAUGGUAAAUUUUAAUCACUUUUUACACAAUAGUCAAAUAGCUGCAGAUGCACUCUUAAAAUCAGUAGCACACUUGCAUUUUAUUGGAUCUAUUUGUUUCUGUAUGAUUUUUUCAAAAAAUUCAUAAUGAAAUGACUUUUGAUGGAGCUUAGUCUGAGUUGCCAUGUGGCAAUCCAAAAACUGCAAAGAUUAGUUGACUGUUUUCCAUCAGAUAGUAAUUUUACUGUUUGAGUUCAUUUUCUUACAGCCAGACGUGGAACUUACAGCAGAUUUAGCAGAAAUUUUCCCAAAGUUAUUUAUGAAUGUACAUUUUUUGACAUGGAUGCGCCAACAGUAGACUGUUCUUAAUGUAGAUUUUCUUCUUUCUGUAUUAUUCCUAAAAGGACCAAUUUUAAUUUUUAAAUCCUUUUCUCUGAAGACAACAAUAAGUGGGAUCAAAGACAGUGUUGCCCCUCUACUCCUCCUUCCUCUUUUCUUUUCUCUGAAAUGAGUGAUGCACAAGAUGUAAACCUGUUUGCAAUGCCAAUUUGCUUUCUUGUGUGAUGUCAGGCAUUGGUGAAGAAUUAUUUAAUUCGUCAGUACAGAGCUGUCAUAUGUCUAUUUCUGCAAAAGAUUUUGAAAGGUGUAGAAUGUAAUAAAUGCAUAAUUUGUGUUAA